GGCCACGACGAUACGGUGCUGGAGCCCAUGUCCUCGCGGAGUAGACGGUCGUCCAUUUUUCACUGGAAUUCCAAAGCGAAGUACUAAAGAAAAGAGAAUGUUGCGGAACGUUGGCCGUCCAGGGACGUCCCGUUUCUUGUUCCCAAUGCGAACGAUUCCCGAAGCCUUAGAGCCUUCCCUAAGGCGAUGUGCUUCACAACGACGGCAACCAACAGUGUACCUCCAUAUACCACACGUACGUUCGCACACCAGUACUUCGACUGCACUCUCAAACUCUCAGAACUGCUGGUCGGACCGGUUUCACACAGUUGCUGGUGAUAGACGGACACAUCGGUGUGGUGAUAUCCGUUUGUCCGAUGUGGGCAAGGAGGUUGUGUUGUGCGGAUGGGCGCUUUCACCCAGAAAGAUUGGGUCGGAUAUUGCCUUUCUGCCCAUCCGUGAUGCAUCUGGCGUGGCACAAUUGGUGCAUGAGAUGCCGGGUGCAAUCUCACAAGCAGAUACGACUUUACGGGAAUUGCUCUUGUCUCUGUCGCCAGAAACAAUAGUAUGCGCUACUGGGCUGGUACGCAAACGACCGGUGGAUGCGGUCAAUUCUGAUCAAUCCACUGGGGAGGUGGAGGUACUCUUGAGGUCCUUCCAAGUUUUGAAUCCAGCAGACCCACUUCCAUUUUCUACCUCUGCACGCGCAAAGCCUCCCACUGAGGAAACUAGGCUAAGAUAUCGGUAUGUCGACCUGCGUAGGCCAGCUUUACAGGAGAAUAUUCGAAAGCGGUCCAAAGCAGCGCACGUGGUUCGGAAUUUUCUCCACAAUCAAGGGUUUGUCGAAGUGGAAACUCCAUAUCUAUUCAAAAGCACACCAGAAGGAGCUCGGGAGUUUCUCGUCCCGACCAGAAAUAAAGGACAAUUCUAUGCACUUCCUCAAAGUCCACAACAGUACAAACAAGUGCUUAUGUCCGGUGCAGUAGACAAAUACUAUCAGAUCGCUCGAUGCUUUCGUGAUGAAGCGUUGGGGGCAGAUCGACAGCCAGAAUUCACACAAAUCGAUUUGGAGAUGUCCUUUGUAUCUAUGGAGGAUAUCAUGGAGUUAAUGGAAGGGUUGGUCUCCGAGUUGUGGGCAAAGGUGGCGAAUCAUAAAGUUACCAUACCUUUGCAAAAGAUGUCAUACGAGGAGGCUAUGAAGAAGUAUGGAUCCGAUAAACCAGAUACUAGGUAUGAUAUGGAGAUUCUCGACUUGACGCCUCUAUUGGGGAAUGUAGAACAGGGGAUGAUGGUCGAAGCGUUCAAUGUGAAAGACGGUGCACGCAUGAUCAGUAACAAGCAAGCGGAUCGCCUAAAGGACGCGAUUCAGAAAGAGAAAUUCCCCCUUCUUGGGGGCACUAUUGAUCCCCGCGAUUUGUCCUUCGUUCGUAUAUCGGAAACAGGUGAAAAGGACUGGCUUAUGCGGUCCAAGAUUGUCGGCAGUACACCACCUGAUGCGUUGACCAACAUCAAUCAGUCCUUGGGUGUGCAACCUGGGGAUCUCAUCGUGGUGAAUCGACGGAGGGCCGGAUAUCUUGGCCCUCACACCAUUGUUGGGCGGGCCCGUGUGCAUGUUGCUAAAACGCUGGUUUCGUUAGGAAAGUUGGAGCUAGCUGGAAAGCUCAACUUUCUCUGGGUUCAUUCUUUUCCGUUGUUUUCUCCCUCCGAAACCCUUUCUACUCCGUCUGGACGUACGGCCUACGAGUCUACUCAUCAUCCCUUCACUGCACCCAUGUCAUCUGAUCUCCAUCUGCUGCAGAAUGAUGUAGCCGCGGUGCGUGGCCAACAUUAUGAUCUUGUUCUCAAUGGGCAAGAAAUCGGCGGCGGUUCCAUUCGUGUUCAUGACCCUCGCCUCCAGUAUUAUAUCUUUUCUGAAGUUCUUCGCAUUCCUCCUUCCAAAAUUGCACAAGAUUUUGGGCAUUUACUGGAUGCUUUACGUUACGGGUGUCCGCCGCACGGCGGGAUUGCGCUUGGGUUUGACAGGUUAAUGGCGAUUGUGUGUGACGCACCCAGUAUCAGAGACGUAAUCGCAUUCCCAAAACUGUCCGGAGGAGAUUUGUUUGUGGACAGCCCUUCAUCAGUGGCCGCUGAUUCUCUAAAGGAAUAUCAUUUGAAGGUUCUGGAUGGCUAAAAGCAUGGGUAGAUAGAUAGACUAGAUAAUUUAUUCAUAUUUAUGGCACAGAUAGGGGUAGCUAAGGACAGCAGUGGCGGGCGACAUGCUUAAUACGCGGAAUAAUCAUUCACCAUUCACUGUUUAGCU